AGUAUCAAAAUUUAUAAAAAUUUAUCAGGUCGCUUGUUUUUUUUCAGAAAAAUAAAAAUAUGAGUUUACGUUGUUUCAAUCGCAUGGCGUGUGUCGCGUUACGUGAGUCUGUUACGUUUAAUUUGGAAAACUGCUCCCGCCUUACGUCGCAGUUCUCGCAACAACGCGGCAUGAGCAAGAAUAAAAGCGAUGGCACUUGCAAAAGAAAUUGCGGACAGGAUCAAUUUUCAGGAGACUGUGGCAAAAAGAAGCAGCCGCACAAAUGUCCGAAGAAGCAGCAGAAAAGCGGAAAGUGCAAGGAUCCUUGCAAGGGCGGACCCUGCAGACAGGGCUAGUGAAAGCGUUCUGAAAGAUGCAAGCGACCUGAUAGCAUUGUAAUCGACACAACUUACAACAAACUAAAUAAAACAACAAGCCUUAGCUAGGCAACAGCAACAACAACUAGGACAACUAAAACAUUCCC